AUGGAGUCUUAUGAUCCUUUUGCAUCUCCCCCUCCCACCUCAGCUAAGGUUGACGCGAGAUGGAGCCGUGAAGAGGAUGCUUUUACCGGAAGGCCAAGUAUAGAUUCAUAUCGCCGAAGAUCUCCAGCCUCUCAAGACCGCCGGCGCACGUCCGCACGUGGUAGGUCUCGAUCUCCUGUCGUGAUUGAUCGGUACCAGCCAGGCGACCGAGAACGCGCACCUCGCGAUGAAUAUUACACUGCUUCCCGAGAUCAUGCAGCGCGUGAUCGAGAAGAGCGUCGUCGUAUACCAUCGCCCAUUGCUGCAAAUAUUGACCGAUAUGUUCCUGGACAAGAUUCUGCUAAACCGGUUUUACGAACCAAUCCUCUACCAAAUCCAUUAACCCUUGACUUCCAAGUCGGAUUCAAUUGGUUUGCGGAAUGGUGGAGAGCAGAUCAGGCAAUAAAGGAGGAAAAAGAGCGGGCGAAGCAUGGUGGAAGACGGCCAACUGAUAGAGUUAAGGGAGAACGCGAGGCUAGAGAGGACCGCGAAAAGGAGCGCGCGCAGAUCCAAACAGCCUAUGACGUAUAUAAAGCCGAACUCCAGAUCAAGAUGGCUCGCGCUUUCGUCCAGCAACAUAAAACUGAAGAGUGGUUUAAAGAGAGAUAUGUACCCGAAACUAGGGACCCCCUCCGUCGACGAUUGAUGGAGUUCAGAACUAGUGCAUAUCAGCAAUGGGAACAAGAUGUCGAUUCUGGGGUAUUUGAUGAGUUUACCCUAGAAGGAAUUUACAAAAGUGAGAGUGACGGAGCAGGUGGCAUUAUUGAAAAAGAGGAAGGGGAAGCAACAGCCGUCGGAGAAACUCUUAGUGUGCUCGAUCUAGUUCCCGCUCGAGGCGGAGAUUUACGGGAUGAUUCACUACUCCAACCUGCUCUUUUGAUCAAAACCCUAGCCCCUAACGUAAGUCGCGACAAAAUCGAAGAGUUUUGUAAGGAACAUCUUGGUGAAGGGGAUGGCGGGUUCAAAUGGCUUAGUCUGAGCGAUCCCAAUCCGGCUAAAAAAUGCCACCGGAUGGGGUGGAUUAUGCUUCACCCUGCAACGGAAGGCCCAUCAGUUAUCGAAAGAGGCGACGGUAGAGAUGAGGAGGGCGAAGAAGUAGAUGGUGCAGCAAAUGGAACUACCAACGUCUUUACUGCCGAAAAGGCUCUCGAGGCGGUCAAUGAAAAGACUAUUCAUGAUCCCAUCCGCGGGGACUUUGUAUGCCACGUUGGCGUCCAUGUCCCGCCAACGAACCCUAGGAAAAAGGCCCUUUGGGAUUUAUUCUCAGCCCCGGAGCGCAUCGAGAGGGACCUUGAGCUGGCGAAACGAUUGGUGUCAAAACUCGACUCAGAACUUGGUUCCGCAGACGGUUUAUCCAAAGUCGAAAAUCGAGUUGAAGAACUACGGGGAAAAUGUUUACUGCAACCCCCCGUCACUGGUGCCGCAAACACAAAGAAAUCCAAACCUUUCGAAGCCGAUGUGGACAUGAUCCUCUUGGAAGAUGGAGAGGCUGAAGAAGGAGAAGAACAAGAAAACUCCUAUGAUGAUGAAGUUGAUAGUGAGGACCUACUCAUUCAAAAGAAGCAACUAGAUCUUCUGGUCGAAUAUUUACGUCGAGUCUAUAACUUCUGCUUCUUCUGCGUCUUUGAGAGCGAUUCGAUCCACGAGCUUGUUCGAAAGUGCCCUGGUGGACAUCUGCGUCGUCCUCGAUCGGGCCUGAGCACUCAAGCAAAAGCUGCAGCAAAAGCUAGCGCCCUUGGCCAGCCAUUCCCUACGAAAAAGAAAGAACCAGUAGAGGAUGAUGGAAAUGCAGAAUCCCCGGUGGAUGAGAAAAAGCAGUCUCAUUUUUCGUCAAAGACGGAGCAGCAAGCUCAGCGCGCUUUCAACUGGGUGAAGACGUUUGAGGAAAAGCUGCUUCAAAUAUUGGAGCCUGAGAAUGUUGACUUGAAGAAACUUGGCGGAAAACCAGUGGACGAGGCUGUGGAGGAAGAACUUUCCAAGUUUGUUAAGCAAGAGGACGAGGCUAAGUUCCGCUGCAAGGUACCUGAGUGUACCAAACUAUUCAAGGCUUAUCAUUUCUGGAGGAUGCAUGUAGAAAAACGCCAUCCGGAGCGGUACAGCGAUAUCCGGAAAGAUCUCCUCUUGGUCAAUGCAUACGUUCUCGAUCCUGCACAUAUAUCUCCGUCUAGAGCCGAUGCUACUAGCAACGCACAUUUCCCAUACUCAUCCGGUCAUAUGCCAACCGGAACCCCUCGCGGAUUCAAUCUCGCAAACAUGCCCUUUGGCUUUGGAAAUGGCCCAAUGCCUGGCAGUACUUCGUUCCACGGCUUACCCCCCUCUGCAACGGGGUUUGCCGGAUUCAUGAACGGCGCUGGCCACCCCGGUAGCUGGGCUGGUAAUGGACUCUCAAUGACAGGCUCUGCGCCCUCUGGCGAUCCGUCAGCUUUGCAUAGUUCUGGAGUCAUUCGGCGUGGUAAUCGCUAUAGUGGGAACAGAAUCGGCCCGUAUGAUCGCCGGGGAGGUCGUUUUGGUGCUGGAGGCUCAGGUGGUAGCAUGAACGGUAACGAACGACUGAGUCCUAUUCGAAUCGGUGGUAUGUUUACUGCAGGCGGACGCCUACCUAGUACUGGGGCAGCGUACAUCCCACCUGGUCAUCCUGCUGCAAUUGCUGCCGGUGCUGGCGGAGGUGGAUUUGCUCCAGGAAGCGGACGAUGGGGCGAUGGUGCUGGUGGGAGCGCACAGGCUAUGGGCCCAAAGGAGGCAGUGCAAGGACGCAGCUUAAAAAGUUACGAAGAUCUUGAUGCGGUUGGGGGGGCUGGGAGCGGGGAGUUGAACUAUUGA